AUGAAUGACAACAAUGAGGACUAUGUGCUGUCGACAGCAGCUUCUCCACAAUCGGAAUUCUCAGGAACAGAAACUGUUGGUAUCAUUCAACCAUUUCCAACGAAUUCUCCAAUUCGAGUAAUCGGAUAUUAUAGUGAAUUUUAUGAUACGUUUAUUAUACGGAAAAGUCAACUUUCGAAACUGACUCAUGCAAUCGUAGCUUGUGUUACAAUGAAUUCUGAAGGAGAACUUCAUUUCAAAAAUGAUAUUGCUCAGCGGGAGUUCUUGAGUACAAUAAAUAAAUCAAAGCGAAUGGAAAACAAAUUGAGAGUCAUGAUUUCUAUCGGUGGUCACGACAACUCGGAACACUUUUCAUCGGUUAUGGAAAGUUCGAGAAAUAAAUUCGUCGACUCAAUUGUUUCAUUCAUCGCAGAACAUCAAAUAGAUGGAGUCAACAUAUUCUGGGAAGCACCAGCACAAUCUAAGUUUCGUUAUUCAGAAUUCCUGGCGACACUACGCGAGAAACUGUCUGAACAAGGAAGGACAGACGACAAGCAAUACGUGAUAUCUAUCGUGGCUCCUCGGCCUGGAAUCGAUAAUUGGGAGUCUGGAUUUGAUCUGGAUGGCAUCAUUGAUCAUGUCGACUUUAUAAAUGUUCUCUCGAUGGAUUAUUAUGCACCAUGGCCAAAUGAAUGGGGAAAACCAGUUGGUCCAUCAGCACCAUUGUAUUCUGGAGGCGCUCCUCGGAAACAAUAUAACGUGGAUUAUACAAUGAGAUACUAUAUUGAAGAAACCAGACAACCUGGAAAGUUUAAUCUCGUUAUUCCAUUUUAUGUGAGAUUGUGGAAAAAUGUUGAAGAGAAACUGAAAGAGAGCGAAGUAUAUCGAGAUGUGGAACUGAAAGAUGGAAAAGUAGAAGGAGUACCGUAUAUGGAUCGAUGGACCCCUGAGCAUGAAGGAUGGAAAUUAACACCUGCAUCUUGGGAUGAAAAGACAAAGACAUCUUACACUUAUAAUCCUGAAGCGAAGACUUUUUUGACUUUCGAAGAUGCGAGAAGUUUGGCUGAAAAGAUGCAGUAUGUGAAUGAGAAGAAUUUGGGAGGUGUGUGGAUUUGGUCUGUUCAUACGGAUGAUGACGAUAAUACACUUCUAAAUUUACUGCUCUCUUAA